AUGCAGAAAAUGAAAGUGGAUGAUAUUGACUGCUGGAAGGCUGGAAGGCUUCCGGUGGUUGUUCAGCGAGGCGAAGGAGACGGGGACAGCCCCGGAGCCUUAGCGGGGGCGACAAAGAGAUGGCAAGUGGUAGGUAGCAGCGGUGGGAUUCCAGCAGUUGUUCAAUGGGGCGAAGGCGAUGGGGACAUACCCAAAGCCUCAAUAGCGGUGACAAAGAGAUGGCGAGUGGUGGGUAGCAACGGCGGCCGCUGCGUUCCUAAAGAGCCACACUCCUUUUCUGAAGCUUCUAAAUACUCUGCUUGGCGUGAUGCUAUGGCAACUGAAUUCCAUGCCUUGCUUCAGAAUCACACCUGGGAUUUAGUAUCCUACACCUCUGCUCCUAAUGUUCUUGGUUCAAAGUGGGUUCUUUGCACCAAAUACCAUGUCGAUGGCUAUCUAGAGCGCCGCAAGCUAGUCACUAUUCAGAUUCUUAUCUCCAUUGUUGUCACCUCCGUAUUACAUCAAUUGGACAAUCAGAAUGUGUUUCUUUAUGGGGACUUGGAGGAGGCUAUUUACAUGUGGCAACCACCUGGCUUUGAGAAUCUGGACUUCCCCAACCAUGUUUGUAAGUUGCGUAAAUCCCUAUAUGGCCUUAAACAGGCUCCUUGCGCCUGCUUUUCUAAGCUCACUUAUAAGUAUUUCUCCGAUUUUCUAAAGUGUACUAACAUGCAUAAUUCAAAGCCUGUUUCCACUCCCAUGGCUUCUUUUGCUCGUCUUGCUGCUCUUGAUGGCCCAUCGUUUGAGGAUCCUCAUCUAUAUCGCAGUGUGGUGCUUAAGGUCUCAUUUGUUUCCAGUAAGGAUCACUUGGCGGAUAUAUUCACUAAGCCCCUUUCUACUGCUCAUUUUCAUCUUCUCAAAUCCAACCUCGCCCUUUCUCCAGUGCCGCUUGGAUCGCAGGGGGAUAUUAAGGCAACCGUUAUUGUAGAUGAAGAUUCCACCAAGACCUCCUCAAAGGCACCUUUGAUCUAUGAGAAUAUGUCAUCAAAAUCAAAAAUGUCUGGAAGGAUUCCAUAUAACAAGAAAUGGUGA